AUGGAUGACCUGGCUCACUUCUACGGUGCACCUGCUUCGGCGGCCGCUUCUUCAGCUACUAUGAAGCCUACGACAGCCUCGACACCCAAAAACGCCAAAGCCAUUGACGCUCUCCAUUUUGAUCAGAUAGAUCAGAUGGGCGAGUCGGUCAAGAACCAAGUGGCCUCUAAGGCAUCAUCAAAGCAAUCAUCCACUGGUCAGUCAUCCUCAGGCUUCAACAUUGGUCCGCAGGCCGGGGGCCAUACUGAACUCACGGUUACAGGACAUUCAAGCUGGGCUUACCGAAGCCGCAGGUCCAUAACCUGGCCUGCUGAGCCUAUUACUCAGCAAUGGAAUGAAUAUAGAACGCAGGGCAGAAAACUUCAAGCCAAGCCAAUAGACGCGGUGUUCACCUUGUCUCAUUACCCCGCCUUGACCGAGGGCGUUGUGACGGCCAUACACAAAGAGCUGGCUAGACGACUUCCAAAGAAGGUCAUGCUCAGAGUGGAGGGACAGGCUCCAUAUGAGUAUCUCUACAUCAGUGCAGACUCGGGGAGUGUUGUAAUUGAUGGGAUUCGCAUGGCCCGGUCUUUGGCCGAUGAGUUGAUCGCUGACAAGACGAUCAAAACUUGCGAGAUGUUUGCCGAACCCCCAGCCUUCCUCAAUGAGUUUUGCAGGAUUGUACUCGACAUCAACGCGUCGGGUCCAGGUCACCCCCGAUUGUUACAGCAUGGCAACCAGGAUCUCCCGGACCCCCAGCGACUUGCUGACCAUCAAACCAAAUUCCUCGAUGACUUUUGCCUGAGGCUCUCUGCUGCCCUCAAGCGAGUUGGGCGCCUGGAUUCUGGUACUGAACUCAGGGUUAAGUUUGGACGCUUUGUGCUUCAAACCUAUCCCAAGGUUCCAGAUGGCGGAUACACAUUCGAUCGGUUCUCAUCUGUGCUGCAAGAUCCCCGGGCGACAGGCAAGCUACAGUCUCAGUUCAGUGGCAUGGAGAAGGCCUUGCGAGUACUCGGGACAUUCAAAAGAGAGGGUUCUGCGUUUGGGUCAACCGUAUUCGCCGACCCAGAUCCAUCCCUGGUCAGGCCCGAUUUCUUGUUAGAAGCAUUUUCACGAGGGCAUAAGUUCGAGGCUGCCCUGCAGAGCCCGGCCGCUGCAAGCCUUCCAGGUGAAACCAUCACGUUCAAAAUGCCUCUGAUCGAAGCAUUCAAAGUGGAUGCUAGUGACAGAAAGCUGGACAUCAUUACGGUUACCCCGGGCAGGAAUUUUGACUGGAAGAUCGAGACUGUUGACAAGGCAGCCGUGACGGAGAAAUCGUUCAACGCGAUCGAGAAGUACCUGAAGUCAGCCACGGUCGCCAUGUCCAAAGAGAACCAGGUCGUCGACAUCAACAAGGACUAUCCCCGCAUUCGCCUGGAGCAUCGCAAUCCGAUCGCCUAUCAGUUUGACAAGGUUGCCAUCAAAAGUGUAUUCCGCUUCGAGUUCACGGGGACCUUGUACAUCGUCGACUUUACGAUCCGGCGGGAAUGGAAAAGCAUGCGCGCAAUGACGGAGGGAGAAGUGGAACCGGCGGUCACCUUCUCCAUCACUGUCUACGGUGGUCAUUGGGAUGAUAGUAUGCGGGCAUCCAACCUUGGCCUAGGAGGCCGCGGAUGGGGCGAGGAACUCCAAGUCUUGCUUCCCAGCGACGGCCAAGGACUGUCCCCGCCGGACGCAAAGGGCAGAGUUCGAGCUUUCGUUGGAGUGAUCCACGCCAUUCGGGAUGCUCUGGAGUUGGCUCUGGAUUCGCCUCACGAAUCCGCCUAG